AUGAAGGAAGCAAUUAAAGAUGGUUAUGGUGAACCAUUGGCAUGGUUUGGACCUAGUUAUGAAUCUCCAAAGAGAUAUGAGAUUUUUACUACUGAUGGCAAUAUUAAAUUAAACUGUUCUAGAUACAUUAUACAUAAUACUAGUAGCGAUAUAUCUGAAUUAGGAGAAGAUACUUAUUCUAAAGUAAUUUCAAUAAAAUUACUUACUAAAGGAGAAUAUAGAAGCAUAGACAUUGAAUUAUUAGGAAUUAGAGAAACUUUCCAGCAAUUGAAAAAGAACUAUAUCUUAGCUGUGCCUAGUUUAGUAAAACUAUUAAAUGAGGUUGAAGUUUUAAAAAAUGGUGAAGAAAGUCAGAUAAUAAUUGGUGGAGGGGAUGUCAAAAAUGAGGAAUAUCAGGUGCAAGUUGAAGUGUCAACAAACAAAAACUAA